AUGGGAAAGUUCGACAAAGCGGCUGGUCGAAAGGGACCGUGCGAUAAACCUUUGGCAAGGCGAACGCUUUUCGCUACCAUGAUCGUCGUCCUUGGCGGUGUGGUUGGUGGUGCUCCUCUACCAGCCCAAAUUCUGGACUCCCAACGUGACCCAUCACCUAUUGGUUAUCCCGGACACGGUGCUCCCCGUAAUUGGCAGGCAUAUCCUAACCACUCCCAUCGGCACGAAAAGCCAGAGGUUGGCUCUCUCGAAAAGUUAGAGCUGAAAGGUAAGACGGUGGUCGUUGAUACUCCUGUUAGCGAGAUGCCCCGUGACCGCGCAAUCGGCAAGCGAGAUCUGGCAAAAGAUGCCUUCCCUCCUUCCCCUCCUUCCUACUUGGCUUUGCAUCCUGAUCGUUCCAAUCGCUGGGGCGAAAAAGAGGACGUUCCGCCUGUUCGCACACCUUAUCGGUCAGGCUUACAGCAGCAGCCUAAGAAUCCUGCAGGUGAGAUGACUUUCCAUCCCGCUCCUCACCCUGUUGUCGAAGGAAAAGACCCUUGGGAAGUGAGCAAGUCCCACGAGACCUCUCCUCCUACCACCAAGGAAGGGGCUGCCAAACCAGCAGACGAUUUCCGACUGUUGCUCGCUGCUCAAUUUUAG